AUGCAUAAGCAGUUUCAUCGUGUAAGGCUAAGCCAUGACAUGAUGAAAAAUAUGAAACCAUCAAAGCCACGCCAUCUCCCCUGGUUUGGCUUCAAGAUAGUGAUUACUCUCUGUUCUUUGUCAUAUUUUGUUUUUGCUUACAUCAAGCUUCACGCUCAAGUCGAGCUUCCUUCCCUAUAUCCAGCUUUUCAUACGUCUUCCUUUUUGGGUUAUCAUCAUCAUUUUGAAGGCACACCAAAAAUUGCUUUUCUCUUUCUUGCUCGUCGUGACCUCCCCCUUGAUUUUCUGUGGGAUUCUUUCUUCAAGGUGGUUUGGGGAGAAUCGAGUAUGAUAGAAGCAGAGAAGCUGUUACUUCUAAGAGCUCUCCAUGAUCCUGCGAAUCAGAGAUUUGUUCUCCUUUCAGAUAGAUGCGUUCCUUUGCAUAACUUCAGCUACAUAUACAGCUAUUUAAUGUCUUCUCCAAAAAGCUUUGUCGAUAGCUUUACUGAUGUUGAAGAAGAUCGUUAUAGUCCCAAGAUGUCACCUGUUAUACCCAAGGAUAAAUGGCGAAAAGGAUCUCAGCGAUGGCCUCCUAGUGAUAUAGAUAAUGGAAGACAGAUUCUACAACCAUUUGUAAGUGAUCAGUACUGUUAUAAACAAUCUGAGAUUAGAAGGGAAAAGUAG